AUGUACCACCAGCGAGACACACCCUCGAGGCGCGCGCCGCAGCCUGAUGACAUGCGCGCCUCAUCGCAUGCGGCUCCUGCUCCAUCUCGACCGCCAGUGCAACCGCCAAAUGAAGCUGAAUUUCUCAUCAUCGGUCUCUUCGCGCUGCGACUCACACAACGCAUGAUCGAUGGCCUUGCUGAUUACGCCGGGCGGGACGCCGAUCGGGCCUGGCUAACUGACUUCCUUGCACCUUAUCCGCGGGAACUCGCUUUAGCAAAAGUGUCGGGGUGCCGGAAGAAUGAGUACAUCGCCAAUUAUCAAGAUAUUGUGUCGAGAAUGAAGAGACAACCACGAUAUCCGAUGCGCUUCAUGCAGAUGAACCCCGAUCGCUCGCAGCAGCAGGGACAAGCGAGGCGCGAAGCAGAGAGAGAAACUUCUAGGGAGAUGACUGACCUUGAGCGGCUCGACAUCAUCGACUUCUGCGAUGCGGCGGGCGAAUGGGGAUCGACUGUUCCUAUUCCAGCACGUGAAGCAGAGAGAAUGAUCGAGUUGGCAGAUCAGAGGCGGAUCGCGGAUUUGGGCGAUCGGGGGCUGUUGCGCGGCGAUAGACACGAAUAUGGAGUAUAUUAG